GGAAUGUUAGUCUCGCUGACACAUUCAGUCUGUCUGCUGCAUGUUCACUUUAUCGGCUUAACACUGUAGCAAAGGCUAGGCUAGUAGCAAAACAACCGACAUGUCGAUGAUAACAGUUGACUGUCAAAGACCAUAUCAUGUCGCUGGUAAAACCAUGUUUAACAUCUGAAAGGUAACUUAGCUAACGUCUUAUUCGGUUUGCUUACUUACUGGCAAACAUGGGAAGACAAACAUGCUCAUUCACGUCGGUGAGACUCAUGCCCUAUCUCAAAUGGAUGUGCGAAGUGACAAAUAACAUAAGCGGAACGGGACCAUCAGACGAACCCACCAACACAAAGCCACCGAGAACAACGUUACACAAGCCAAUGCAAUUUCCGCUGGCAGUCAAAUCUCCUUAACUUGCUAAUACAGAUAUUCUAGCGAUGCGGUGAUGCUUUGAUGGAGGAACCAAUGAGCAUCGGACAUGUUGCCAACGGAACAAAGCUGGGGACACUCCGUUUGAAACUACAAACAUGAAUAGAGGUGCUCGCAGCAGACUGCCUCCAUGGAUAGAGAGUCUGGCCCUCAGCUAUGGCAGGGAGGAGAGGAGCAGCGGCGAGCGGCUGAAGGCGCAUGUCAUCGGGGUGGGUGAUAUGUCUAAGUCCCAGGCCCAGGGCUCCGAGGGCCCCACGGGGCUGCUCUUCCUGUCCGACGGGGAGCUGCAGAUUCCUGCCAUCCUCACAGCAUCAGCCUGGGAGCAUGUCCAGGAGCAGGACGAUCGCGAAUGUUUCACCAGCCUUGUGAACACCACAGUGUGCCUCCACGACUACCAGCUGCAGUUUCACAUGGCCCCGGAACUGACUAAAUGCAGCUUCUUCUUAUUAGUUGGAGAGCUGGCUACAACUGCUGCCGGUCAAGUAAAAGACACCCCCCCUGUCAGCACCAGCCAGCCCUCCAUCAGGCUGAAGAUCUGCCAGACAUGGAGGGCCCUGCUGUCUCAUCAGGAGACACAGGACUCUCAGAUGAGCCAGUGGGGGGGUGAUCUGUCGGAGCUGCUGGGGGAAUGGCAGCAUGACUGUCUGCAUGCUGUGCUUGGGGAUGUUCGAGAGGGACUGAUAGCAGCCAGCAGCCGCUCUAAGAGCCUGCAGCCCUCCAAAUCAACUUACAACCCACUGCUGACCCCCCCAGAUACAUUCACUGCCACACGCUGGAGUAUUGACAGGGUCCGAUUUAAAGGAGUGAAACCUUUCGUUGUCCCCACUAAGUGCCUUCUCUUUCCUGAACAAGAUGCUGAGCAGCUGCACACACAGUUACCUGUUGGAAGCAGGACAACCGAUGGAGUGUGUGCUGCCUCUGAGGACAGAGAGAGAGAUUUACCUCAAGUCUUUCAAACUCUGCAGACCACGCAGCCUUCUGGUGACGAUGAUGCAGAGUGGGCUAUAGCCAAGCCGGAAGUUGUAGAGAGAGAUGCCAAUGACAACUCACCUUAUCCUGUGGAGGACAGCAUGUUACAUGAGGACGGAAUCACAGUGUUUAUUGAUAGCCACAUGCCUUUGGCCAACCCGUGGGACAUUUUCCCUCCACCAUGUGACACCUCAUCAUCUUCUGAUGUGUCAACAGAAGCAACACCAAACCAUUCGCCACAAAAUCCCACUGCUACUGAAUUUAAGUCUGAUGAUGGUGUAAUCUUAACCAGCAUGCAACAGCCUCUCCACAGUUUAAAGGAUACAUCAGAGCUCAACAAAGAAGAGCACAGCUUCCUGCCUCCAUACCAGAAAGAUCCACACUCAACCAGCCUCCAUGCCACUGCGACUCCUUCAACUUCCACAUCUGUGAGUCCACCACUGCCACACCUUCUUUCUGCCACAGACAAACAGCACACACACACAGCACAGCAACAUCUCCCUGCUUUGGACAAAGAAAGUCAGAUUUUGUUAAAAAACAUUAAGGGGACAAAUGAGAGAAAGAGAAGAGAGCCCACAGCAGAAGCCCUGACCACCUUAGUGGAGCAGGAGACUCAGAUCAGUGGCAGCCCUCCAUCUUGGCUCUUUAACGCUCAGACAGGCUCUGGGGCUGAAGAGGGGGGCAGUCACCAGCCGGCUCAAACUGUAGGGACUGUUUCCAGAAAGCGAAAGAAUCCCACUGUGCACAGGGACGGCAGGCUUUUCUCUUACUCUUACCGAGUGUCUGGACAGAAUCAGCAGGAUUUCCGUGGAUUCAGCGUCGCAGAGGCCCUUCUGUACUGGGCGGUGAAAUAUAUUGUGGUUUCAAAGCAGACGGAUCCUCCUCCAAACACAUCAGUAUCCUCUCAAUCAAAUGUCAUCUGAAGUUCUAAGUAUGUAAAUUGUCAAAAAGAUCAAAAUAAAUAAAGAUAUCUGAAUGACAUGCCAACGUUAUGCUAUCCCAUGGAGAUUUGGGCAGAAAUCAUACAGUUUCUUUCCAUGCAGUAUACCUUUUCUGAAAUGGUGUAUUUGGAUACUUCCGCAAACUAAACAGUCUUGGAAUUGCAUGAAGAGCAUGACUGCAUAGCUGAGACUCUUAUUCACAUGUGAUAAAAGUAGUCCUCAUAUAGCCAUUUCAAUAUAGUGAGGCUGUAUAAAGAAAUAUAAAAAAGAUAUAAGAUGAUCGCACACUUUACAACCACUAACUGCAGCCUGAGGGCUUAUGUAUAUUGACAUUAACGGGUUUCUUAGCAGUUUCCAAAAUGGGAGUGAUCGCCAGAAAAAGCGAUUUUUGCAGAACUUUCAAGGAAAUCAAAGCCUUUUUGAAGUCUUACUGUAAAGGAAUUUCUGAGCAUUUUUGUAGAUUCUUGAGUGGUAAAAAAUGUUCAAAUGUAGCACCAAAACCCUGUAACAAAUCAUGCAACACGUUAUGAGAAAUGAUAGAGCCUGGCAUCAUAUAAUUCCCUCAUAAUAUUCCCUCAAACAUUGUAAUUCAAAUUUGAAUGGACAUCUCACCAAAACACAAUGUUUAUAACCAAUAUGAAUACACAGAGCUGAGCUGCAUCUCAAAUCCAUCUUCAGAUUCCCAGCUUUAAGAUGAUGUAGGCCCUACAUCAUCUUAAAGCUGGGAAUAUGUCUUAUAUGUCUUAAAUGACAUGAGGAAUUGGAAAUGGGGGACCCUGAUGUAAACAAGACGAAAGUCUUUCUCUGAUCUGCAUCCCCUUAACAAUUGUAUGUUUUGAGCUGUACUGUACUGUACCCAAUAUACACGCUGUUAAUAAACUUUUCAAUCAAUCAAUCAAAGACCUACCAGUAUUUUUCUGGCUGCAGGUAAGCAGCUGUUUUAAUUGUGGGAUUUUGGCGCGGUUGUGCGUGCCACAGACUAUUGUCUCCCUAGGGAAACAAAUCGCGCACUAUCAUUUUUGACGGGAUUAUUAUUUGUUUUACUUGUCACCUUGGAAUUCCACGUACCCCCUACAGUUCCCUCGUGUACCACUAGGGGUACGCGUACCCCUGGUUGGGAAACACUGGCUGUAGAUGACCCCGAGCCAUAAGCGACAACAAAUGUGAUUCAGUUUCACCAGCUGUUUAGUCUAUCUAUUGAAGAAUGUUGAUUAUUACACUCUGAAGUUAAACCCUGGAGCUACAGGAGGGCUCUUCAGAACUGAUUGUGGCGUCUCAACCGUGGCCGUGACAUGUCUUGUGAAUUCUCCGGCCGAAGCUCCAAAUAAACCGUCAGUGUUUGCCAUCAAAGCUCCAGCUCUCCUCGUGUCUCUCUGAGUCCUGACUCCAUUGCUUCAGAAGUUUCCCCCACAUUUACAAAUACAUUAUAGACAACUGGAUUGUUGUAAAAUUACAUGUUCACUGAAAUUGAUGCAUGACGAAUUGAUGAAAUUCAAGAAUAAUGACAUUGUAAAAAGAGUUGAUCAAAAUCAUCAGA